AUGAAUACAGGGCAGUCACUCUUCAGAGGAGGCGCUUUUCUGAUAAAGUUGCGGCGCAAUCGGUCUACGGAUAAACAUUUAAUCUUCCCUACCCCGACGCUCUCUCACCAACAAUAUGCCCCCUCUCCGUCAUUCCGUCGCAUGGCCAGUCAUGCACUUACCAAUUUCAAAGACACCUUAAUAGAGACGGGCAAUCGCGGUGCCCCUCAAGCAUUUCCCUUAUCGGGUUACUAUUAUGAUAUACUUACAAGAAACUCUCCAUACCGAAAACAAACAUCUUCCUCGCGGUCUGUCUCGAAGAGAAUCACGGAAAAGUCCUCAUCCGCUGCGACUGUCGAACCACAAUCGCCACAGGAUAAGAUGUCUAUUGUAUUUGGCACCCGACUAGCUGGUCCUGGUCGCCCUUCACGUUACAAUCCUGGAAACAUGGCACCAGAGUCUACAUGGAAAACCGUGAAUGGUGUAGCGAUUCCUCCACGACCGGAGGAACCUGAUAAUUGCUGCAUGAGUGGCUGUGUCCAUUGUGUUUGGGAUGACUUUCGUGACGAUAUGGAGGAAUGGGCAGCAAGGGUCGAGAAGGCAAAGUCUAUAGGUCCUUCCCAGACCUUGGCGAAGAAUAUGCGCCGCACCCCAAGUGCGGAUAUCAACAGUGCCAGCACAAGCAUGGACGACGAUGGCGGUGGCAAGGAGGGAAACUGGCCUGUUCCUGAUGCAGCAGAUGAUAUUUUUGCCAACAUACCUGUAGGGAUUCGAGAGUUCAUGAAGACUGAGAAGAGACUAAAACAAAAACAUCAGCAAGGGAGUGUUUCUGCAUGA